AUGGGUGGCGGUGCUCACUGUUUCCUUCAUCCUUUUUUUAUUAGCCUGUUUUCUUCAUUUCUUUCACUCUCUUACGAAGAAAGCAAACAAGCGUCAAUCGCUACUGUGAAAUUCGAAGGCACCAAAAGGACCAACAGCACACACACCGCCCACACACACAUUUAUAUGCUCUCACGUGUUGCUGCAGUGAAGGCACCCCGCACACACAACCGUCGCCGCGUGACCGGAUCCAGCGGAAGGAGGAGGGAAGGAAGAGAGAGUGAGCCGCCGAGGCCCAACAUGUCCCGGCGUGUGUUUACUUCCGCGGUGCUGCUCCUCCUCGUCGUUAUGAUGUGUUACGACACCGGGGCUGCAGCCAAUAAUAAUGGAGCGGCGUCGUGUCCAGUAUCUUCACCGGGGAAACAUUUUGCUUGGAGAGAUAAGAAAGGAGAAGAAAAAGUGGAUUCGGUCCAUGCUCCCAGUCUUUUUGAGGUGAAUGGUAAAGUAUUUGCCGUUGCCGAAGCACAGUGCACGAAGAAAGAAGGAUGCGUUUUCACUGGGAUUGCCUCGGAACUCCUGGAGUUUAAUGGUGAAACGCUAAAAGAGGAGUUGCAUGAGAACAAACUGAAGACACAAGUACUGGAUGAAUGCUCUGCUUCGGAAGAAAGGCAAUGCCCCUCACAAGCAGUGAAACCGGACAGUUCCCAAAGAGUGAUGAACUUACGUGUCGGCCGGCCAACAACACUUGUGAAAGGAAGUGAUAUUUACAUGCUUGUUGGAAACUACAGUCGGACAGCUGCCACUGGUACUGAGGAGAGUGUAGGAGAUGAAUGGGGACUUUUGCUGGCGAGAGGAAACGUCAGUGGUGAAGAAAGCGGCAAAAGAGUAAACUGGAAUGAUACCUACCGUUUUCUCUGGACUGAUUUGAAAAAACAACAGCAGUCCUUGACAGGGCUGAUUGGCGGCGGUGGAUCGGGUCUUAAGAUGAAGGACGGUCCGUUUCUGUUCCCAGUGGAAGGAACGAAAAAAGAGAAUGGGAAGACCGUUUCACUGAUUAUAUACUUUUCGGCCAAUGAUGGUUGGGUGCUGUCGAAGGAGGUGCCUGCCGAUGGCUGCAGUGAUCCCUCCGUCGUGGAGUGGAAGGGAAAACUCAUGAUGAUGACUGCGUGUGAUGAUGGCCGCCGCAGGGUGUACGAGUCCGAUGACAAGGGGAAUUCGUGGACGGAGGCACUCGGGACACUCUCGCGCGUGUGGGGCAACAAACAGGGUGUUAGGAGCGGGUUCACCACAGCGACUCUUGGCGACGAUGUUGGAGAUGAUAAUAACAGAAACGUGAUGCUUGUUACUCUGCCGGUGUAUUCUAUGAAGACUGAGGGGGUAAUCGCAAAUGAAAAAGGUGAACUCCAUCUUUGGCUGACGGACAAUACGCACAUUGUUGAUAUUGGGCCGGUAUCCGGUGAUGAUGACGCUGCCGCCAGCUCCCUGCUGUACAAAAGUGGAAAUAAUAAUAAUGAGGAGUUGAUUGCACUGUACGAGAAGAAGAAGGGCGAUGGGGAAAAACCAUCACCCGGUAUGGUCUCUGUGCGUCUGACUGCGCAGCUGCAGCGGGUGAAGGAUGUGCUGGCGACCUGGAAGAAGGUGGACGGACGUGUCUCCAAGCUGUGCCCUUCUGAGAAGAAUGCCUCACCUGACACUGCCUGCAGCACUGCCAUUCCAACGGAUGGGCUGGUUGGCUUUUUGUCCGGCAACUUCUCUGGUAACACAUGGAGGGACGAGUACCUUGGGGUGAACGCCAAAGUAAAAUGUGCUGCAGAACUUGCAACGGAGGCAACAUUGCAUGCCGAUGGCGUGAAUUUCACAGGGCGUGGUGCGUGGGCGGAGUGGCCUGUUGGCGAGCAGGGGGAGAAUCAGCUGUACCACUUUGCGAACUACAACUUCACUCUUGUGGCGACGGUGUCUAUCCACGGUGAGCCGAAGGAGGGAGAAACCCCCAUUCCAUUGAUGGGUGCCAAGAUGAAUGACAAUGAGAAUCCAGUUCUUUUGGGACUGUCAUACGACAGCGAAAAGAAGUGGCGGGUGCUGUGCAGUGGCCAAAAGACAGAGAAGCUCGGCAGCACUUGGGAGCCACAGACAACUUACCAAGUGGCCAUUGUGCUACAGAACGGCACCCAGGGCUCUGCGUACGUCGAUGGUAAGCGUGUGGGAGAUGAGUCAUGUGAAUAUGAAAACACGAGGGAUAAGGGAAUUUCACACUUCUACAUUGGAGGGGAUGGAAGCAAUGCAGAGGGCCAAGAAGGCGUUUCCGUGACGGUGACGAACGUAUUGCUGUACAACCGUCCGUUGACUUUUGAGGAGAUUGCUGGACUCGCCAAAAAUACAAUUACUAUUCCGAAGCCGGAAGGCCCGACGACAUUGGUGGUGGAUGCUCGUUCACCAACGGUAAGUGCACUGGAUGUGGAGAGAACCGUGUUGCAGCCUAAUUCUGCCGGGCAACCGCCGUUGGAAGAGGAAUUGUUGAAUGGAGGUAAUGGUGCGGACGCUGGCGGUGUAUCCAGUGCAGCUUCCAUUGCUACGACUCCCUCGUCUGACUUUGCCCAAGAGGCGGCGACAGGGAGUGGAGAUACGAUGCUGGGAACUGGAUCAACCCAAGCUCCUGAGGUGAGCGUGAGCUCUGGUGAGGAUGAGGAGACGGCGAAAAGAACGGAUGGGCAGCAGGGAAUCCAUCCACAUAACGGGGAAGUAAAUGCUACGGCACUCAACAGCAGCCUCGGAAAUUUGUCGCGGGGGAAUAACACCGAUGGCGGCACCAUGCGUGGGAGCGGACUUCUGCCAUUGCUUCUUCUGUUGGGUCUGUGGGGGUUUGCGGCUCUGUGA